CAGCGAACCUCAAACUACGCCACAUAUUUUUUUUUUUUAGCUUUUUCCAAAAUUUUGUAUUCGUUUACUUGCAAACUAAAUUAAGCGCGCUGCGAAAAUGAGCAAGGAAAUAAGUUUGGCUACAGUACAGCAGCACAACAAGGCAAACGAUUUGUGGAUGGUUAUUGACAAUAAAGUCUACGAUGUGACUAAAUUUAGAGAUGAACAUCCUGGUGGCGCAGAUGCUCUUAUUGAUGUAGCUGGCCGUGAUGCGACCAAGGACUUCAAUGACGUGGGCCACAGCGCUGAGGCUCGUGAGAUGUUAAAGAAAUAUUUUGUUGGCAAUUUGGCAGCGAGCGAUAUUAAAAAGAAGCCGACACCAGUCAGAGAAAUUGGACUGGCCAUCGCCGCUAUUGCUCUGGGCAUUACCGUAGUCUAUAUGGUCAAGCGGCAUUUAGUCGCAAGCCGUCCAUAUUAGGAACCACAUGCUGCUCAGAUCUAUUGGAUUGUUUAGAGAUAAAUGUUGUAAGCUUCAUUCCGUAUAUUUUGCGAUUCCUUGUUGAUAUUAAUAAACCACACAAAUGUACAACUUAAAUGUUAAAAUGUUAUACAAAAUAAAUGCCGUGUGCUUUUUGAUGUAAGCUAUGUUGGAUAUUGUACAAUAAAUGCAGAAAAACCGAUAAAAAAAAA